CUAAGGCUAGCAACAGAUGUGAUUGGAGAGGCAGCAUUUGGUGUCAACUUUGGCCUCUCUAACCCCCAUUCAGUUUGUGAAUCAAUCAAGAGUGUUAACAAUGUGAGAGAUGAAGAUAAUGCUGAAGUAUCAGAUUUCAUCAAUCAACACAUUUACUCCACAACACAGCUUAAGAUGGACUUGUCUGGUUCUUUUUCCAUCAUACUUGGUCUACUUGCCCCAAUACUUCAGGAGCCAUUUAGGCAGGUUCUGAAGAGAAUACCUGGCACAAUGGACUGGAAAAUAGAGCGUACUAAUGAUAAACUGAGUGGUCGUCUUGAUGAGAUUGUCAAGAGGAGAAUGGAAGACAAGAACAGAACUUCAAAGAAUUUCUUGUCACUCAUUCUGAAUGCAAGAGAAUCAAAGACUGUAUCAGAAAAUGUCUUUUCACCUGACUACAUUAGUGCUGUUACUUAUGAGCACUUACUUGCUGGCUCAGCCACCACAGCCUUUACCAUGUCAUCCAUUGUCUAUUUGGUUGCUGGACAUCCAGAAGUUGAGAAAAAGUUGCUUCAAGAGAUUGAUGGAUUUGGUCCAGCUGAUAGGACACUCACCGCCCAUGAUCUUCAUGACAGCUUUCCUUAUCUUGACCAGGUCAUGUGAUAUUGAUACUUGGAUGAAAUUCAACAUUCGUACUUUUUCGAAGUUCCAAGGACCCAUCAAUCAUGGUGUAAAAUUCUCUAUUUAAUUAAUGCAGGUGAUUAAAGAAGCCAUGAGGUUUUACACUGUCUCCCCAUUGGUUGCAAGAGAAACAUCAAAUGAGGUAGAGAUAGGAGGUUACCUUCUUCCAAAGGUAAAUACAAUAUUGAGUAUAAUUUCUAUGCAUGUAUUUUUUUCACUUAAUUGCACUUUUUAUCAUUCUCUUUUUAUAUUUUUGCAAAUUUUCUCAUUC